GUGUGCAGGCAGCCUGCUGUGGAGUCUAGGGGACUUCCAAGACUACUUUAGACAAUGUAGAAGGGAAGAGUUGAGCUGGCAGUGUUGAAAAGACCUAAUGUGGACAUGUAACUACUUCUCUCCAUUACUCGUGUAAUGUUGGGCUGGCAAAUCUUCAUGUUGCUUGCAUGUGAAAAUAUUUUUAUAGAUAGAGCUGCAGACACUUAAAAGACAUGUAUUGGAGAGUUGAGUGGCAUCAGCACUCAAGGUUUUACCCAGGAUCUGCCUGUGACUGGAGUGUGCAUCACAUGUUUCUAUAAUGGGAAGUGGCCGAGUCCAUCCUUAUGUGCUAGAGUGAGUUGGUGAUGUUACCUUCAGGCAGUUCCACAUUGGGCUUUCUAUUAGCCCUGUACUCUUUCAGUCUCACUAGUAAUCCUGUCAUACUGUCCUGACAGAGGAGCUGUGCUCGAGCUGCUUGUGACCACCCCAAAUAUGGUGAGACAGAAUGUGACAACUCUGGAUAUUAUGUAAUCUGAAUUGUUACCUGAAGCUUGGAUGCUAUGCUAAGCAUCUACAUAUGUCCUCUCCUUCUUAGUUGGUAGUCUGAAUGCAUUCUUAAUUAUUUGAGAGUUCAGUGAAUCUUCAGGAAAGUUGAAGACAUAAUAAAAUUAAUUCAAUUCAUAGUGAAAGUGGCUUUGCUAAAUGUUUCUAACUCUUUGUGGGAAGUUUCUAGGUGUUGAGUGUUACAUGAGUAGCUCUCCCUGCCCAGGUAACUAGUAAAGAGUAUCAUCUUUUAUGUCUUUAACUUCUUGGAGUCCAAGUUCUCCCUUGUUUACUAAGUUUGGCCUCUGAAGCAGGAUGAUCUACCUGACUGAAAAGCCGUACACUGUUUAGUGUGUGGUUGUAGUUAAGCCAGGGUUUCCAAACCUUAGCACUCUAAUAAUGUAACUUCCUUUCUUUGCAUGAGGGCAACAGUUGCCUUUGAGGUGCUGCUGAUGGUCUUUCCUGUAAGUGGGUUACAGUUGUCCACCCCUCCUAACUGACAUGAGGCUUUAUAUAUUCAAUGCACUUCCUAAAUUUUGCAGUAUCGAUGCAACAAUGGGCUUCAGACAAAGAAGAUUUUUGAAGCUGUAUUUAUAUAGUGGAUAGAAGUAACCUGCACUUACUCUUUAAUGUUAACUAGGACCAGCCUUCUGACUCAGAUAAACCAGAAAUUAUUUCCAAUGUGAGACAUUUUGGUGAUGUAAUCCUUAAGGAUUUCGUCUUCGCUCCUGAUGUGGGUACCAUUAAGGUGGUCCUGUAGACAUUGCACAAAGAAAGUUUAUUUUGCAGCUCAGUGAAAAAUAUACACCUACAUAAACACACAGGUGUAUGUGUAUGUAUGUAUGUCCUCACUCCCUUUUAUUUCAGGAGAACUCAUUUUCCUCCUAUUCCAAAAGUUCAACAACAGCAGCUAAAAGUGCCUGCAAAAGUAGGAACAGGUCAUUAACCUUGAAAUGAGGAAAAUGUAGACCAUUUGGCAGCAUCUCAUUUUCCAGUUGAAGAGUUCCAUUCCAACUUUCAUGUUUUAAAAUGUUAGGAAGAAAGCAGAAAUCUAAUUGUUUAAACUGGCCCUAAAGCUGCUCGGCUUCGUUUCGUCAAACUCUCAUGCUUGAAAGCCAGAAGCCUGGAAUUGCAGUUAGGAGUUUAUGCUACAAAAUGACAGUUAAUGAUAGCUCUAUGUUCUGGUCUGUGCUGUGUGAGCAGUGCAAAUUAUCUUUACACUGGCUGAAGCCAAGUGAUUUUAGCUUAACAGAAGAGGUCUUUGGCUCUGUGCGUAAGUGUCUUGUUUGAAGAGAGGGUUGGGGUCACGCAAGAGAGCAGUCGUGACAAAGUGGAUUUCUGCUCUGCCUGAUUUCCCCAUUGGCAUAUGUUCUGGAAAGAGGUGAGCCUUGGCACUUUGGCAGGGCAAGCCAGAAGCUCAGAAGCACAGCUGACUGCUUGUAGUCCUUCACUGGAGGAUCCCAGCUAACUGAAUUUCUGUUACAUGAGAAAAUAGGAGAAAGGAGGUCAGUGUGGUGCUUAGAAGAACACGCAGCACGAGUAGUGCUUGAGCAGGGAGAAGGGAGGUGUGUGUGUAAAUACAUUAAUAUGUUCUUCUGGAGACUGGAAAUAGGGAUUGGGAAUGAGCUGUGAGUGAUCAUCUUGCUUUGGUAAAUAGAUGACUGUACUUUCUUGGGGAACUGAAUAUUGGAUACAAGGGAAAAAAAUAAAACUAAGGUGGGGAAAAGAGAUUAUUACAAUGGAAUUUGAAGUGUAUUUGCAGGCUGACUUCAUAGGAUUUUGUCCAUAAGAACUUUGUAUGUGGUAAAAUUGUGAUUUAAACACUUAAACACUUAACUGAGAAGUUUUGAGCACAGUUAAUAGGUUUUCAAUUUUCAGUUAUGUACUCUGUUAGGUUUACUUGCAGCUUAUCAGAUUUGUUUGCUGCCUGUCCAUUGCAGUGUGCACUACUAGACAAAUCCUUCGGCUGUUCCUGGAAGUAUCUACCAACGUUUUGCUGUUUCCCCACUUGAUUACUUAUCCCUUGCUGGUGAUAAAUACAGCGUGCGGUACUUAAGUGUAGUGCAGUCUUUUAGCAGGAUUUCAAGCAGUUUAACUAUUUACUAGAUAACCAGAAUUUGCCUGCUGUUCCUAUUUAAUUCUGUGUCUUGUACAAUGUCCAUAAUUGUGGAUCUGAGCAUGUACUAAGUGACAUGGCUAACAUCUGUCAUGUGUGAUUCUCCUUUCUGCUCCCUGGGAGGAAAAUUAUUGAGAGAAAAACGCAAGAGUCUCUAUAUAAACCACCAUCCUCCUGGGCAGUUGAGAAGGAAGUACAGUUCCUGCUCCACUAUUUUCCUGGAUGACAGCACAGUCAGCCAACCAAACCUCAAGUAUACCAUCAAAUGUGUAGCUCUUGCAAUAUAUUACCACAUCAAAAACAGGGACACAGACAGAAGAAUGCUCUUAGAUAUUUUUGAUGAAAACCUUCAUCCGCUUUCGAAAUCUGAAGUGCCACCAGACUAUGACAAACAUGACCCGGAGCAGAAACAGAUUUACCGCUUUGUCCGGACGUUGUUCAGUGCUGCUCAACUGACUGCUGAAUGUGCCAUUGUCACCCUGGUAUAUCUUGAAAGACUUUUAACUUAUGCAGAGAUAGAUAUUUGCCCAGCAAACUGGAAGAGAAUUGUCCUGGGUGCGAUUCUACUGGCAUCCAAAGUUUGGGACGACCAGGCAGUGUGGAACGUGGAUUACUGCCAGAUCCUGAAAGAUAUCACGGUUGAAGACAUGAAUGAGCUGGAACGUCAGUUCCUCGAGCUGUUGCAGUUCAAUAUUAAUGUUCCCUCCAGUGUUUAUGCCAAGUAUUAUUUUGAUUUGCGCUCCCUGGCAGAAGCAAAUAACCUGAGUUCUCCUUUGGAACCGCUCAGCAGGGACAGGGCAUAUAAACUUGAGGCCAUUUCCCGCUUGUGUGAAGAUAAGUAUAAGGACUUCAGGAAAGCUGCAAAGAAACGGUCAGUCAGUGCUGACAAUCUGACUGUGGUUAGGUGGUGCCCUGCUAUUAUCCCCUGACAGAGGAGACUGGAAUAUUCCUACAGAUGUACUGUUUCAUCCAUCCAUAUUUUUUCGGGGUGGGCUUGGGGGCAAGAAGAUAAAUACAAAACAAACAAAACCAGACUUUUUGAUUUAUUUUCAUUUUUAAAUCUGGCAAGCUGCCUUUACAGUGCCUCCCCAUCGUGUAGCACAUGAGCAAAAUGCCUAGCGGAAGGAGACGUGGAGGAACCGGUGUUUGGCAGAGAAGAUGGGUACCAGGUGGUUGUUUUUUUUCUCACUUUUCACUAACAGCUUUACCCUUUUUAUGAGGAAAACGGCAAAACAGGUGCUUGGAAGAAGAAACAAACAAACAAACAAAUGAAGUAGAAGCAGAAAAAUAUUUCAGAACUGUGCCAUUUUCUAAUGUGCUGUACUCCUGAAGGGAAAUGGCAGCAUGAAAACACACCAUGUAGUCAGAUGACUGUGCACUAGAGGAGUGAAGUUGGGAGAGUCCAUCUUAAAGGUUUCUCUUAAUAAUAUCUUUUUUUGUUAUUGUUGUUGCUGCCUUUUUUGUUUGGUUU